UGAAUUCUUAUCCAUAAGUGUGAAGGAGAAUUGAAUUUGGACAAAGCAAUGGCAUUCUUUUGAACUUCAAACCAUUUUCCUUCCCCCUUAUCACCUUCGAUUCUUUCAUUUCCGUAUCCAUGGCCACCCCUUUCUCCGCCACCGCCUCUAUCCGCCGUUCCCUCUUCCAGAAUCCCCCUCCCAAAUCCCUCCUCUCACUCCGAGAUUAUAAUGGAGGGUUAAAUUGCGUCAAAUGCGGCUCCAUUACUGCGCAUCUUUGUUCAUGGAAGUCAGCUUCCAACUACGUCAGGCUCAACCGACAAGCCCUAGUGAUUUCUACCCAACUCUCUGUUUCUGGGAAUGUGUUCAAAAACAGAAGGUUAGUUGUGAGGGCUGCAACAAUCGAAGAAAUUGAAGCAGAGAAAACAUUGAUCGAGAAAGAUGUAAAAGCAAGAAUGGAAAAGACCAUCGAUACUGUUCGGUCUAAUUUCAAUUCAAUUAGGACUGGGAGAUCAAAUCCUGCCAUGCUUGAUAAGAUUGAGGUGGAGUAUUACGGCAGUCCAGUUAGCCUGAAGAGCAUCGCUCAAAUUAGUACACCUGAUGCAAGCUCACUCUUGGUCCAGCCAUAUGAUAAAUCCAGCUUAAAGUCAAUAGAGAAGGCCAUAGUCAACUCUGACUUGGGAAUGACUCCAAACAAUGAUGGAGAAGUCAUACGGUUGACUCUCCCUCAACUCACGUCCGAAAGAAGAAAGGAGCUGUCAAAAGUUGUUGCAAAGCAGGCAGAGGAAGGAAAGGUGGCAGUAAGGAAUAUAAGAAGAGAUGCUUUAAAAGCGUAUGAAAAAUUGGAAAAGGAGAAAAAACUUUCGGAAGAUAAUGUUAAGGACUUGUCAAGUGAUUUGCAGAAACUGACCGAUGACUAUAUGAAGAAGAUUGAUGUCUUAUACAAGCAAAAAGAGAAGGAAUUGUUGAAGGUAUGACCAAAAAGCAAAUGGUAGAGAGCUUUCCCUUUUGAUUGCUGUGAAAUAUGAAAUAAUUGUUCGUUUUUCCCCUUGAAUAGAGUUUUGAUGUCAAUUGUUAGAAUCAAUCAAACAUCUUUCUUUUUUUUUUUCGGUUGAAAUGAGAGUCAGCAUCCUUGUGGGAAAAAGGUAUUCAGCUAGCGAUAGCAUUAUGCCUUCGGUUUUGUUGUUGUAAAAUUGGCACAUCUCGAACUUUUCACUUUGUACAUUGGAACCGAUGUUAUCAGUUACCCAUUUGGAUUACCAUCAACUGUUGAACUUA